AUGAAGGUGUUUUGCAGAAAGCCAUCCUUGCUUCUACUGGUUAUCCUCCUUGCAACGAAUUGUUUGUACAUUAUUGAAGCUCAGAAAUGUCGCCAAAGUGGUGCGGUGAAAGGGAAAAAGGCACCUCCUGGACAAUGUAACAAAGAGAAUGAUUCAGACUGCUGUAAAGAAGGGAAAUUGUAUCCAGUUUACAAGUGUUCACCACCAGUCUCUUCCCACACAAAGGCACAUCUCACACUGAACAGUUUUGAGAAAGGCGGAGAUGGAGGAGGCCCUUCAGAAUGUGACAAUCACUAUCAUUCUGAUGACAAACCAGUUGUGGCACUUUCCACUGGCUGGUUCAACCACAAGAGUAGGUGUCUCAAGAACAUCACCAUAACUGCCAAUGGUCGGAGCGUGGUGGCCAUGGUGGUUGACGAGUGUGAUUCCACUAGAGGCUGUGAUGCAGACCAUGAUUACCAACCUCCAUGUGACAACAACAUUGUUGAUGCCUCCAAGGCUGUCUGGGAAGGUUUGGGAAUUCCCAGGAGUCAGUGGGGCUGGUACGAUAUUGCAUGGUCUGAUAAAUGUCGUCCCAGUGGGAGAAUCAAGGGAAAGAAAGCACCGCCAGGACAAUGCAACACAGACGAUGAUUCAGAUUGCUGUAAACAAGGCAAAAUGUAUCCAGUUUAUGAAUGUUCUCCACCUAUGUCUUCUCACACAAAAGCCUUUCUCACUCUCAAUAGUUUUGAGAAAGGUAAAGAUGGAGGAGGCCCUUCAGAAUGUGACAAUCAGUAUCAUUCUGAUGACACGCCUGUUGUUGCGCUCUCCACUGGAUGGUUCAACCACCGGAGCCGGUGCCUGAAGAACAUCAAGAUAAGCGGGAAUGGGCGGAGCGUGGUGGCGAAGGUGGUGGACGAGUGUGACUCCACCAGAGGAUGCGAUGAAGAACACGAUUAUCAGCCACCUUGUGACAACGACAUCGUUGAUGCCUCCAAAGCCGUGUGGAAAGCUUUGGGUGUGAACGAGGAUCAGCCUCAGUGGGGUGGCAUGGACAUCACUUGGUCAGACAUUGAAUAG